AAAAGGUGAGAAACAAUAUAAGAAUUGGCUGAACAUCAAAUCCACAAAUACACCAACAUAAUUACAUUGCAUUGCUUCUUCAGAUUGUAAGGCAAGAAAAAUGGGUGUAUAUUCGUUGUAUUUUGCGGCUUUGCUUCUCAUCAGUGGGAUGCUUCUUAUGAUUGAGGCAGAUGUUCACUACUAUGACUUUGUUUUGAAGGAGACAAACUUUACAAAGCUAUGCAGCACAAAAAGCAUGUUGGUGGUGAAUGAGAGUUUUCCGGGACCAGUGAUUCGUGCUCACAAGGGAGAUACUCUGUAUGUUAAUGUUCAUAAUCAAGGGAAUUACGGUCUCACCAUUCACUGGCAUGGAGUGAAGCAACCAAGGAAUCCGUGGUCAGAUGGCACUGUUUUCGUUACACAAUGUCCAAUUCAACCAGGCACAAAUUUCACCUAUGAGGUUAUCUUUUCUGAUGAAGAAGGGACCCUUUGGUGGCAUGCUCACAGCAAUUUUACCCGUCAAAGUGUUCAUGGAGCAAUUAUAAUUUAUCCUGCCAAAGGAACCACAUAUCCCUUUCCCGAACCUGAUGGAGAAGAGGUCUUAGUGCUUGGAGAUUGGUAUACAGUUGAUGUUAAUCGUGUCAUUAAUGAGGAGUUGAGUGAGGGAGGCUUCUCAACACAUGAACCCGAUUCUUUCGUCAUCAAUGGUGAACCUGGAGACUUUUGGGAUUGUUCAAAGGAAACAAUACAUCGCUUUUUAGUUGAUUAUGGGAAGACCUAUUUGCUACGUUUUGUAAAUGUCCCCAUUGAUGAGUCCACAUACUUUGCAAUUGCUGGACAUAAUCUUACAGUUGUUGGAAUUGAUGGUGCCUACGUUAAGCCUAUACUCUCAAGCUUUAUAAUGAUGGCUCCAGGACAAACCAUGGACGUCUUGCUCAAAGCAAACCAAUCUCUUGGUGAAUAUUACAUGGCUACUAGAAAUUACUUUUCUACCACCCUUCGUUCAGUGAACUUCAUUCAAAUAAAUGCUACUGCUAUUCUACAAUACAGAGGCAACUACAAUACUUCGUUAGCUCCUUUAUACCCGAGGGAUACUCUUCCUUAUACCAUUGACUACAAAACUGGAAUAAAUUUUACUUCAAAAUUUCGAAGUUUAGCGAGCAAGGAGCAUCCGGUUGAUGUGCCUAAGAAUGUAACCACUAGAAUGUUUGUGACAGUUUCUUUGAAUGAAAAUAGUAAAGACUUUUUUCUAUACUUAGCUGCAAGCUUAAACAACGUUACAUGGGUUGAUCCUGAUGUAAGUGCACUGGAAGCCUACUACUGGAACAUGACUGGGUAUUACACUACAGAUUUUCCCGACGAGCCACCAACAUAUUUCAAUUUCUUAGAAAAAUAUUUGGGGCUUAAUGUCUCACAGUCCUUGAUGGCAACAAAGGUUAAGGUGCUUGAAUACAAUGAGGAGGUUGAAGUAGUUUUUCAGUCCACAAAUGUGUUCAAUUUAUCACAAAAUCAUCCAAUGCAUCUGCACGGAAAUAGCUUUUACGUAGUGGCAAUGGGUGAAGGGAUUUUUGAUAAAGAUAAGGAUCCAAAAGGAUACAAUCUUGUUGAUCCACCGUAUCAAAAUAAUGCUAUAGUUCCAAAGUCUGGAUGGUUUGCGCUUAGAUUCAGAGCAAGUAAUCCUGGAGUAUGGUUUAUGCAUUGUCACAUUGAACAUCACUACACAUUUGGAAUGAACACAGUUUUCAUUGUGAAAAAUGGUAACACUCCUGAGACAAGUUUGCGAGACCCUCCUACAAGUUUUCCUUCCUGUAGAACUUCAUCAACUCAUGGAAUUCAAAAAUCUAGAAGUUCAACUGAAAAUUCUAUUAAAUUAAGCACGAUUUGAUAGGGAUGUUUGAUGUAAUGACUAAACCAGUGCCUUUACUAGCUUAAAUUUGUUUUGUCUUUUGAAUAAGAUGCAAUGGAUCAUAUUUAGUAGAUGUUUCAUAAUCUGUUUUUCCGCUCUAAGUGUAGAUCCAUUUUAUUGAUAUGAUUAGGAAGAGUGAUGUUAUAAUAACCUAUCCUUAAUUGC